AUGACGCGCACGUACAAUCGAUGGAUUUUGACAAAAUCCUGCGAGUUCUCUCCGAACGGCAACCUUCGACUAGGCCAAAUCCUCGCUAAGCCAAAAGACCCCGCCUACGUCCUCCAGCCCCUCGGCCCGCUUCCCUUGCACGAAGGUAUCGAGCCUGAGAUCACUAGCCGCACCAAUGUGAGCAUGCACGACACAAACGAGCUAUCGGCUCAGUUCAGUGCUUGGGCAAAUCUAGGCUACGUACCGAUGCAGUUUAAAGCAGCCUCUGCCACGACGCACUCGCACGAUCUACAAUGGCACUUCGACAAGCUCGAGAGUCAGAUUAUGUCUCCUUCGCUAGCAUACGUUCAGGACGCUAUGCGUCAUGGGGAUGUGGAGUUAGGCCUGAAGAACUGGAAGCACCCUUUCAAACGUCGUGUCUACAUGGUGACAGGCGUACGAAUCGUGAACGGUGCGCGCAUGGUGAAAACAGACAUUUCAUCGACGAACAACAAGGUAGUAGCCGAGGGCGCUGCACCAGAUCAGUUGGCCUCCGCUGGGACCCGCGCGGGCAUCGCAACGCAUUCCUCGGAGUCAGAAGGGUUCGAAAGAGCGACGGACUUUGUCUUUGCGUAUCGCCUCAACGAAGUUCGAUAUCGAGGCGUAGUGACACACAAGCCCUAUGCCGAGGGCGAGGUAGCAUCAGCGGAGAAAUCGGCAGUAGCUCGCGCACCUGAGGUUGAGAUCAACGACUUUGAGGUCUUUGGGACCGGAAUUGGAGAAAUUGACUUUUCCGACGAGGAAGACGACUUCGAGCCAAUCGAGGUGACAGGCCGGGAUGGGUUGGAAACUUAUGUAUGCAAAGGCGAUGACGAGGAGGACUGA